UGUCAACAAUGCACUCAGAUGCUCAAAAAGAUUCAUUCAGAUAGCGUGUUGCUGAUGCCGGGAGGUGUGGCCAUGUGCGAUGGUCCAGAUACGCCCAAACCCGCGUUUACCCGCGUUCAAAUGGAAGUGCUUUUCAACUACUUACAAGUGUGGUUACCCAGCCCAUUCACGUUUCGAUCAUGCGUGUGUUUGUUCCGUGAUGCGCCCGUGGCCGAGCGUUUCCGCUUGGUGAUCCAUCAUUUCGUCCGGUAUUCCGUUCAUUUGCUCAAGAAUCUGGGUGAUUUCUUGGCCAUGGCUCAUCAUCCCAAUGGGGACUCCAUGAGCACUGGAAGCCCCGAAGAACCCGGCUCAGACACCCAAUGGACUUUGGAUGAGUUGGAACGACUUCUGAUUCUCAUGGCCAAAGUGUUCAUGCCACAAUUUCCGUUGUACGUGUGCCCAAAGCAGGUGGGCCAUCGGCCUGAGGACUUGUCCACGGCCGAAGCCACGCAAAUGGCCGUGUUUUGCGAUGUCCACGACUCGGCCGAGUUUCCCAUCCUCCUAUUGAGGAACGUGGUGCUGUUUUGCAAGAGUGGCGGCCUCCAAGGCCUGGCUCAGGCCUUCAAACUGCCCUCGGCCUUGCUCCCUCCCUCUAUGGCACAUUCCAUGAUCUCCAUCAUCUGCAACGUGAAGAUGUGGCUCAAUUAUCGGGCCGUGCUCCAGCUCUUUGCGCCCGUACGUGCCAAUGCCCUGCACUACAUGUGUGCUUUGCCUGAUCAAGACCUGAGAUCCGUCAGUGCUCGAAACAUAUCGGAUUUCCUGUGGUGUUCGGCUAAAGACAAUGUGGAUGCGGCCAUCUCGUUCGACAAGGAUGGCCUAGAUCUGGCCAUGAAGUAUUUCAAUUCUCCCACGCUCACCAUGCGGCUCACGGGCAUCACGCAAAUCAACUCGCAUAUCACUGUGUUCAAUGAUAUGAGCAACUCCGAGUCCGUGGUCGAGGUCGAGAAUGUGGGCCUUCAGCUCUCGAAUUGGAUUCUGGUGAACAAGAUCGUUGAGCACAUCUUUGGACCCAACCUCCAUGUGGAAGUUAUCAAGCAGUCGCAUAUACUGCUUAAUUUCCUAGCUGUGGAGGGCAAAAUCACCAACGAGCACAUCAACGUGAUUUGGCAAGCGGCUCAAUUGAAGCAUUGCUCCAAGCAAGUUCACGAUCUGCUUCUCCCUUUGAUUAAAAACUUGGAAGCUGGGCCCGUGCUUCACUUGUACGAGUUGAUGAAGGACUUGCCCGUCAAGGAGCACACUGAGCAGACCAUUCACUUGGCUCAGGUGUUACAGAGGUUUAUUUGGACUAACGGCAGCACAUUCACCAACCUCCUCAAUGAGGCCAAUGCUCUUCAACAACAACAACAGCAACAACAGCAGCAACAACAGCAGCAACAAAUGGGUCUUUCACCCAGUCAUAACUUGAAGAACAAUGCGCUCCUCGGAUCAGGUCCUGGGAACGUGACGGAGGAUUCUCAACAAAAUCCAUCAUCGACCUCAGCCUUGUCCAUCGCCGCUCCGCAGCCAACAACGAUAUAG